AUGGAGACACUGUAGCGCUGAAUUAAUUUUCAACAUUCAAGUAUUGUGUAUUCAAAUUGAAGAGAGAUUUAAUAAAAUUUUGAAAUGGCUCAUAUGGUGCAUAAUUUAAUUCAACCUAACGUAGGUUCAGUUACUGAUAAUUUAGUCCCUGAUUGGCUUCAUUCUGAAAAAAGCACAGGAACAUCAAUUAUGGCUUGUGAAUUUGAUGGAGGUGUUGUAAUUGGAGCAGAUUCUAGAGCAACAACAGGAGCUUACAUUUCCAGUCGCUUUGCUGAUAAAUUAACCAAAAUUACAGAUUAUAUUUAUUGCUGUCGUUCUGGUUCUGCAGCAGAUACUCAAGCUAUUUCUGAUAUAGUUGCAUAUGAUUUAAAUCUGUAUAAAAUGGAGGUGGGCAUGGAACCGUUAGUAGAAACAGCAGCAAAUGUAUUUCGUGAACUGUGUUAUAACUACAGAGAUUCCUUGAUGGCAGGUAUCUUAGUGGCAGGCUGGGAUAAUCGUAAAGGAGGUCAAGUUUAUAGCAUUCCUCUUGGUGGAAUGUGUGUAAGACAACCAAUUUCCAUUGGAGGAUCUGGUUCAACAUAUGUAUAUGGUUAUAUGGAUUCACAAUACAAGCCAAAUAUGUCAAGGGAAGAAUGUGAAAAAUUAGUUGAAAAUACUUUGGCAUUGGCAAUGGCUCGUGAUGGUAGUAGUGGAGGUGUUAUUCGAAUGGGUGUUAUUACAGAAAAGGGUAUCGAAAGAAAAGUUAUAUUGGGAAAUAAUUUGCCACGAUUUUACGAAGGAUAAGCGUUAUAAGGACUAGAUUUAAACAAGAUACUUAUACAAGUUUGUCUACUUUUGAAAACCUUGUAUCAAUCGCAAUUUGUUUAUUAAUUAAAUUAAAAUGAAAGAUAAAUGUUG